AUGGCCGAGCCUGGUCCUCCUGGCGCUCAGCUGCCUCCUCCCCCCCAGCCCAACGCUGGGGCUCCUGGCUAUGAAAAUGGCCAGAACGGUGGCUCUGGGAGCCAUAUGCCACCACCACCUCUGCACAUCCCGCCCAACACGAACCCAAUCCCGACUGCGAUCACGUCGCCCAUGACUGGAAACACCAUCACGUCUCCGGGCAGUGCCAACCCUUUCGUCCGGCGUGCGGCCCCCGAGCCCAAUAAGAGGGCUCUCUAUGUUGGUGGUCUGGACCCUCGUGUGACUGAGGAUGUUCUCCGUCAGAUCUUUGAGACUACUGGUCAUGUGCAGAAUGUCAAGAUCAUCCCCGACAAGAACAACAAGGGCUUCAACUACGGUUUCGUCGAGUACGACGACCCUGGCGCGGCCGAGCGUGCCAUGCAAACCCUCAACGGCCGUCGUGUACAUCAGAUGGAGAUCCGUGUCAACUGGGCCUACCAGUCCAACACGUCCAACAAGGAGGAUACCUCGAACCACUUCCAUAUCUUCGUUGGCGAUCUGUCAAACGAGGUCAACGACGAAGUUCUUCUUCAAGCCUUCUCUGCGUUCGGCUCCGUAUCCGAGGCCCGGGUCAUGUGGGAUAUGAAGACCGGACGAUCCCGUGGCUAUGGAUUCGUGGCGUUCCGAGACCGUGGUGAAGCGGAGAAGGCGCUCAGCUCGAUGGACGGCGAGUGGCUUGGCUCGCGUGCGAUUCGCUGCAACUGGGCGAACCAAAAGGGCCAGCCGUCUAUCGCACAGCAGCAAGCAAUGCAGUCGAUGGGCAUGACCCCUACGACUCCUUACGGCCACCACCACUUCCCCACUCACGGAGUCCACAGCUACGACAUGAUUGUGAACCAGACACCAGCGUGGCAGACGACUUGCUACGUCGGCAACCUGACCCCCUACACCACUCAGAAUGAUCUCGUGCCCCUGUUCUCCAAUUUCGGCUAUGUCGUUGAGUCGCGCUUCCAGGCCGAUCGCGGCUUUGCGUUCAUCAAGAUGGAUUCGCACGAGAACGCCGCGAUGGCGAUUUGUCAGCUUAACGGCUACAAUGUCAAUGGCAGGCCUCUGAAGUGCAGUGACAAGACUCCUAGCAACCCACCGGGCGGCUUCGAUCCAAACCAAGCAUACAGCCCCCAGAGUGCUCAGGCUUCUGCCUUCCCCGGCACCCCCAACACCUACUUUCCCCAGUAUGCUGGAGCGCAGUACGGACAGCAAGGUAACUACGGUGGUCCCGCCGCCCAGUCUCCUGCAGGUUAUGGACCUCAGAUGGGCUUCAGCGGACCACCCAGCGCCGGUGGCUAUGGUCGUGGCCAGCAACUACCCAAUGCCCAGUGGGCGCCACCUCAGGGACCCAACGCUGCGUAUGGCGGCUACCAGGGCUAA